AUGAGAGGUGAAUGUUUGGGCGCCCUCAGCCCCCGCUUAUUCAAGGAAGAAGAAGAAACCCUCCCCGACUGGCAACUCUCUCGCAACAAGCUCCACCAUGAGAAAUUCCACCGAUUGCUCAUAUCCCUCGGUUUGGCUACACGCCGAAUGCCCCGCAUUCAUGAGAUCAGCUUCGUGAUUCGUGAAUACAGCGAAAUGGACUUUGAAUUUUGGAAUUCGCGAGGUUCCGACGAAACACCAUCAAUGAGAAUGCGGAAUGCCGGCGGGUAUAAACCUGACGAGCGCGUGGCGGAGGCUUGGGGGUUUGCUUUGGAGGAUCUUGAAGUCUUUCAAAAUACUGAGGAUAGUAAUGGCGAUCAUUUUGUCGAGGCGGAUGUUACAUGGUCGCGGUUGCCUCGGGAUGCCUAG